AUGGGAGCCUCCGAGUCCAAGCUGGUCUUCAAGCAAGGCAUCUUCCGCCUAUCAGAGGACCAAAACAUCGCAGCCAACGACCCUUACUGGACAGGCUUCUGGGAACUCCCUGAAUCCGCAGAAGAUGUCUUCAGUCUCUUCUCCGGCGCCGACAUACGUAGAACGCGUGAUGCGUCAAUAUCGAACCUUGAAACCCUCUUACUCGCCGUCACCUCACGGCUGAAUGCGCUCAAGAACCACCCUUCGUUUCCAGACCCAGAACUCGCACCAGAUCGGCAUGUGCUGAAUUGUAUACGCGUCUUGACGCGGGUGCUGCCAUAUGUAUACGAGUCAGAUCAGCUUAGUGAGUGGGAGGAGAGGUUCUUCUGGACUGGUCGGAGACGAAAGACGAGGAAGGCCCAGCUGGCUGGCGAGGUGUUGUUCGAUGAGUCUCACGAUGGAGAUGAUGUUCAGAUCCCAUCUGAGGACGACUACGAAGACGCGAAGCCCCUCGCCGAAGAGCUGAUCGACAAUUUACUCGACCUCCUGUUCACCGUCGGCUUCACAAUCCCCCAUAUCCCGCAGGCGAAGAGCAAAGUCACGUAUGCAAUAUGGCAGAGUGGUGUAGGAUCCAAGACAUCGAUUGGCUCCAAUAAAGAGCUGGAGAGCAAUCGAUGUGAGGUCUUGAGGCUGCUCCUGACCCUGACGAGCAAGUCGAUGUAUGUGCCCUCGACAGAGUUGCCCGUCAAAGGUGUCAAGGCUAUCACAUAUCUCGCGACCUGCCCGGACAAGCAGGUGGUCUUGUCAGUGCUGUGCUCGCUACUCAAUACUACUAUCAAGUACAAUGCAGCGUCAUGGCGGUUACCCUACGACCAUGUGGUCUGGAAGGACUCGAAACAGGCUUUGGUGGUCUACAGCAUUCAAUUCCUCCUCGUUCUACUGCUAUACCCAAUCCCAGAAGAUGGCAGAGGAGCAGCACCAAGGAAUUUCUACCGACACUUCAUGGGCCGAUUACAUCGUCCAGAAGACUUCCAAUUUUUAGCAGAGGGCAUAGGUCGAGUGCUUAGCCAGCCGAUGCAGACCACGACAUCAUACAUACCAGGAUCACAAAGGAACGUCAAAUGGGCGCCAGAGAUGAUCAUACUUUUCUGGGAGCUGUUACAGUGCAACAAACACUUCCGGACUUUCAUUCUUCAGUCCAACAGAGCACACGACUUUGUGGUACUCAUGCUAUACUAUGCCAUCGAGAACAAGACGGACUCUUCCCAGCAGGGCCUGGUCAGAAUGUGCAUCUUCGUGUUGCAGACCAUGAGCGUUGAGCCUGCGUUCGGGAAGAAUUUGAACAAGAAGUUCGAGAAUCAAGAGACGCUGCCACAAUCGAUACGCAUACCCAAUUUCAGAAGCUCAUACGCGGACUUCCUCAUUAUUUCGAUACACAGCCUCAUCACGGGCAGCAAAGGAAAGCUGGAGGCAAUAUAUCCGGCGCUUUUGGCAGUCAUCAGCAACAUGGCUGCAUAUGCUCAGCAUCUGUCGAUGGUUUCUUGCACGAAGCUGAUGCAGUUACUGACAUCCAUGUCGACACCGAGCUUUCUGCUCGCGAACGAGAGCAAUCAUGCAUUGUUGCAGUCGCUGCUCGAGGCGAUCAACACGAUCAUUGAGCAUCAGUAUGCCGAGAAUCCAAAUCUGAUCUACUCGGUCCUCCGGGCAAGGAAACGGAUAGAAGCCUUAAGGAACUUCACCAUCGAUGGUGGACAGCAAGACUUUGAGAAUGCGGAGCGGAACAAGAAAGACGGCACAGUGGUCUCGAGUAGCGCAGUAAUGAGUCCGACACCAUCAACGACAUCACAGCGUAGCGUACCCGCAGCCGUCGAUGAAGAGACCUUCGCUAUUGGCGACUCCUCAGAUUCAGAGCAUGAAGACCAACAGCCCACGCCAUCACAAUCCACCGCCAACAACUCGCGCACACCGUCGAUAGCGUCUCAAGACGAAGUCCCCGUCCAGCUUCGCGGCCUCUCGGAAAAGGCACGUGGCAAGAUGCCAGCCGGCAUACAGACCUUCUCGCGUCAGAAUAGUAUGGGUUCGCUACUCAGUCCAACCACCUCUAGAUCAGGCAGCGGCUGGCGUCCUACACCAGAAUGGCUUCAAUCAUGGCUUGCGGACUUACCACUCAAUACCAUGCUCACGAUUAUCGACGCACUCAGCCCCUCCCUGCCUCCUUCGUCCAGCAACCGACGCGAAAGCACCCACCGCACCUCAUCCGAGUCCCGCUCAGGAGACUUCCCACCAACGCCAAGCAGCACAACCUCUUCCCGUCGCCCCUCACUUCAGCCCGACUCCAAUACGUCUUCACCUCAACGACCACCAUCGUCCCUGACUGACUUCCUGCACUCCCUCCCGCAGACAGCUUCGCACCCACGCAUCAUGCCGAUUCUCAACCACCCCUCACCGAUCCGCGAGUACCUCUUCGAAUGGUCGCCCAUGUCUUUGGGGUGGUACAUGUCGAUCCUAUAUAGUCUGAUCUACACGGCUGAAAUGCAUAUUGCGCCACCGUCCACUACCGCCAAUACUUUGACUGGUACAGGCGGCUCUGCCGGUCCUGUCGGUGUUUGGAACGGGACGAUGGUCAAGCUGUUUGCUGUUGUGGAAGCAGAAGGUAGGCAGGGCCCGACAUUGAGCCAGCCGCGGGGAGCGGUUGACGCGGUGGGAAGUCGUUUGGUGCAGGGGGUGCAGGGACUAGGCAUUGGAGACAGGGUAGGCGGUUGGAUGCGUGGGGCGAGUGGUGGGAAUAAUGGUGAACAGCAGCAGACAAGGGGCACUGGUGUCAGAGAGGUCUGA